AUGACCGAACCCGCUGGAGAAGCUGAUGAGAAGCUGACUAGCCAGGAGGCGCUAUGUGCCACAGACACCAAGGCCACCAAAGCUCCCUGCUGUUCCACGCUGAAGAUGUUUAUUGUGGCCCUGUCCUUCGCCUACUUCUCCAAGACACUGUCAGGGUCGUACAUGAAGAGCUCCAUCACCCAGAUCGAGAGAAGGUUCGACCUCUCCAGCUCUCUCAUCGGACUUAUUGAUGGCAGUUUUGAGAUGGGUAACCUGCUGUUCCUAGCAACAGUUAGUCACUUUGGGGCCAAAAUGCACCGCCCCAAGCUGAUAGGAGCAGGCUGUCUUCUCAUGGCCAUUGGCUCUGGCCUCACUGGCCUGCCUCACUUCUUCAUGGGACGGUACAAGUAUGACACCUCGAUACAAAGUUCGAUGAAUGAGAACAUCAGUAUAUCUCCAUGUCUGGAUCCCAAUGCUCAAGAGAUCCCACUGAAACCAUCCCUGGACAUCGAAAAAGGUACGAUACACACCUGCUGUAAGAAGGACUCUCAGUCUAACAUGUGGAUCUACGUGUUUCUGGGUAAUGCUCUUAGGGGCAUUGGAGAGACUCCUGUCACACCUUUGGGAAUAUCGUACAUCGAUGACUUUGCAAAACCAGAAAACUCUGCUUUCUACAUCGCUUGUCUACAGACCAUCGGACUGCUCGGGCCGAUGUUUGGCUUUUCACUGGGAUCCAUGUGCGCCAGGUUAUACGUAGACUUUGGAUUCAUCAAUGUUGACAGUGUAACGAUCACUCCUAAGGACGCGCGCUGGGUCGGGGCCUGGUGGCUGGGCUUCCUGGUGUCCUCGGCCAUCAUGCUUCUAGCAGGCCUCCCAUUCUGGUUCUUUCCCAAGUCUCUGCCCAGACAGGGCAAGGGGCAGAGGGAGCCGCUGAGCCACCAGGAUCAGCCAGAUCACUCCAGCCCCCACACCAUGAAGCUGACCGACAUCGCGAAAGGUUUCCUGCCCGCCCUGAAAAAGCUUUUGGGCACACCAGCCUACUUUCUGCUUCUGUGUGGAAGCAUCCUGAAGUUCAACUCCUUCAUUGGACUCAUCACUUUCAAAGCCAAGUACAUGGAGCAGCAGUUUGGCCAGUCAGCAGCACAAGCUAACUUCCUCAUCGGCGUGUUGAAUCUGCCCGCGGUUGCCAUAGGGAUAUUUCUGGGAGGGUUGCUGAUGAGGAGGUAUAAGCUCAGUGUGGUGUCUGGGGCCCAGCUUUCUUUUGGGACAUCCUUCCUGUCAUACCUCCUACUCCUCCCACAGCAUGGAAUUAAAUGUGAGAACUCGCAAGUGGCAGGACUGACUGUGUCCUACAAUGGGACCCCAGGAAUCUCAUAUGAGGCCCAUACAUUGUUUUCAGAGUGCAACAGUGGCUGUUCCUGCUCUGUGGGAGAGUGGGACCCUGUGUGCUCUGACAACGGGAUCACUUACAUGUCUCCAUGCUUGGCGGGCUGCACCAGUUCAUCUGGAACAGGGAAAAAUACGGUCUUUCACAACUGCAGCUGUGUGCUGUCAUAUCCUCCUGACUCGGGCAGUCUCUCCGUGUCUCUGGGCCAGUGUCCUCGCAGUCCAGCCUGCGGGCACAGCUUCACCAUUUACAUGGUCGUGUCUGUUCUUAGCUCCUUCAUCAACUCCCUCGGGACUACGCCGGGAUACAUGGUCAUCAUACGGUGCAUCGCACCUGAGUUGAAGUCCCUGGCCCUGGGCAUCCAGACCCUGGUGAUGAGAACUCUGGGUGGAAUUCCAGCUCCGGUGUACUUUGGUGCUUUGAUCGACACCACCUGUCUGAAAUGGGGGGUCAAGAAAUGUGGGGGUAGGGGAGCAUGUCGGAUGUAUGACGUUGAUAUGUUCAGGGUGAUAUUCCUGGGGCUGAUCACAUGCCUCAGUGGCCCUGCCUACUUCUUCAUAUUCGCGGUGAUUGUGCUGUUGAAGAGGCAGUUUAACAGGGAGAAGGCUAAAGCGGCAGACCCAGCCACAAAGCAGACUUGCUUGGAGCUACUUCCAAACCAGAAAGAAAAGGAGGCGGACAAGGCUGCAGACCAAACCAAUGGGCAGUUCUAAAAGGGCGGGGGGACAGUCCAAUGAGCAGUCAUAAAGGGGGGGAAGACCAGUGGACAGUUCAAGAA